AUGGAACAGCACAGGAAGGGAUUGGGUGUUGGUCAAUGCAUGGAGGAUGUUUGUGAAAAAAAACGGAAUAGGGCUAGUAACGCGGCAUUGUGUACCCUCAUUUGCGCGAGCGGGCACUGUUCUCACUGGAUGCGUUCCUUGAAAAUUUCCACAAACGACGGGAUCUGGGUGUCUUUCUAUAACAACACUGCCGUCACCCUGCAAGCGCUUCAUCCCACUCAGGAUUACACGCAUUCAGUGGUAAAAUUGUCAGCACAGCUCCUGGUCUUUGGAGGCCUGCGAUGCAAACACGACUGGCAGGAGGCCUGUACCAUCACAGGAGCAUUUCGACGAAAGUUGAGCCAUCACAAAGUGGCCCAGCGUGGACAGACGCUGGCAUUAUAA